GGGCCGCGCAGGCGCCGUGGGGCCAGGGUCGCGGCGGCGGGCCGCGGUGAGUUCCUGUGCGGCGGCCAGCGUGUGGUGGCCGGCCUGGCGCUCUCUAGGCGCCUGCAGCUCGUGGGCUCCUGCCUUGGCCGGUCCCGGCUGUCUUCCGGCUGUGAGCGGAGACAGCAGGCAUCACAGAGGGAUCUCUUAUCCUAUCUUGAAUGACAGAGCUUCCUAGGCCCAACAGACCAUGGGAGAGCUUGCCAUCCAAGCUGAAUCUCACCCACGCAGGCCUUGAACAUGCAUCCUCCUGCUUCAGCCUCCUGAGUCUUGGGAUUACAGAUGUGCAUCACUGUGACUGGCUGAUGAUUGGCUGAUAAAUGAUGGCAUCUGAGGCAGAGUGCUGUCCUUUGGGUGUGUUCAAGUGCCAGCUCUGUUCUGUGACAGCUCCAUACAGCUAUGUGGGGCAGAAGCCCCCCAACACCCAGGCUGUUGUCCUGCUGGAAGAGAGCUACGUCAUGAAGGACCCCUUCACUUCAGGCACAGACAGAUUCCUGGUCCUUGGGUCCCGGUGCAGCUUAUGCAGCAGGCUGGUGUGUGUGGGUCCGGAAUGCAGCUUGUUCUACAGCAGGAGGUUCUGCCUCCCUUGUGUCCAGGACAACAUCAGCGCCUUCCCUCGGGAAAUCCAGCAAGAUGUGGAGAAAAGGAAAGGUCCUAAGCGGCCCUCCAGCCAGCCCUGUCCUUGAAUGUGAGUGCAGUCUGUGCCAAGUGGGCAGCAGCCUCCUGCGCAGAGCUCCUGGCCUGGCAGGGACCAGGAUCUGCAGCCCAAGAGAGUGGAGGAGCCAUGCCAGGAGGUGGAGCAGACAGCCUGUGGGUCCAGCCUAGUGCUGUGGAGCUGCCCCCAGGGCUGAGGAUUCUGAGUGAGAGGGAGACUCCCUUCACUGGGCAGCUCUGGUAGCCCGGGAGGCGCACACAUGAGGCCUGGAACAUGGUGGAGGACCACACUGCCAUCUGUGCACAAGGAAGUCACUCUCCGAGGCUGUCUUCAUGCACAGCAGCAGGUCUGGGGGACAGGAUUUUUUCUUUACAUCCUUAUGUAAGCUUGGAAAUGUCCUGCAUCUUGACCACUCACUGCCCAUUACCGACAUGACUGAGAACCUGAAGAGCCCACCAAUGCUCUGAAAAGAAAUUCUUCCACAAGACACUUGGAGACUGGAUGUCCUCACAGGUACUCUGGGAUGGCAGUCAGUGUGAAGAUGUUUUUUGUGGACACUUUGGGCAAGACAUCAUGGACAAGCAGUGGAGGGGGUGUCGGGAAGCCAAGUGUCGGCUUUCCAUCUGCUCAGGCUGCCUCCAGCCCGGGCCCCACUGCACGUUCUGCCCUGCACUCUCAGGUCAGGAACACUGGCUUCCUUCCCUUACGCCACCCCCUCGCCACCCUGCACUCAGCCCUCUAGUCCCACAGCCUCCCAGAGGUCCCCAUGUCUGCUUAGAGUCUCAGAGGCAGGAACUGCUGCCUUAUUCUGUGACCACGGCAAGGCCGACCAUCAAGUUGGGUGAGAUAUAAAGAUCUUUGACUGAUGUGUACACUGGAUUUUAUUUAAGAGCUUCCUAGGGGCCGGAAUUGUGGCUCGAGUGAGAGCGCUUGCCUUGCACUUGUAAGGCACUGGGUUCGAUCCUCGGCACCACAUAAAAAUAAAGAUAUUU